UCAUAUAUCAAAUUUAAAAAAUUAAAAUAUUUUUAAUAAAGAAAAAAAAAGAUCAAAUAAUUUACUGAAAAUUAUUUUCACAAUAUAAUUUGGCAUUCAAUCUUUACUAUAUUUUUAAAUAUAUUUAUAUAAAAAUGAAUAUUGCAUUAAUAUCAGAAUAUUUGGAAACAUAUCAAGGAAGAGACAAAUUUUUAAGAACAUUAUCUUAUAUGGCAAAAUUUGCCACAUUGGGUAUAUCUUCAAAUGAAACAAAUAAAAAGUUAAAAAUAUUUAGUAAUCAAAUAAAUGAAUGUAGAAUGAUUUUAAGAUUAUUAAAUGAUAUACCAAUGAUUCAUUAUGCUAUGAAAUAUGAAUGGGAAAAAGAGGAAUCAGAUUGGUUGAUCAGAUAUGCAGAGUUAAUACAGAUUUUAGUAGACAUCAUAUUUUGUCCAAUAGAACAUAUUUUUUGGGCAGGCAAACAUAAAUUAAUUAAAAUCAAUAACGAAAUAUGGGAUAAUGCUUCAACAUGGCUUUGGAUAAUAUCUCUGCAAUUGUCAUUAUUAAAGUCUUUGCGAAAAAUUAAAUUCAACAAUUAUAAAAUUCAUCUUAGUGAAAUUAACUAUAAUACAAGAUUAACUUUGAAGGUAAUAAACAAACAAAAGUGGAAUGAAUUAUUGACUUGUAUAAGAUUAAUAUUAGAUAUAAGUUACGCAGUUAAUUAUUUGCCAUCUGGUAUAUUAUGGGCUGGGCAGUUAAAAACUUGGCAUAUUGGACUACUUGGAUCCUUAUCAUCUUUAAUUGGUUUAUAUCAAACUUUCAACAAACAAGCAAAGCAUAAAAAUUUUUAAUAAUAACUAAAAAA